AUGUACACGAGUAUUAUUUUUUUGUUUAAAAUUAUUUUUAUAUAUGCCUUUAUUGCGUUAAAUAUUAACUUUCUUAGCGUCAGUGGCAAUUCCAGAGGACUGAGAAUCUUUCAAGGACGAGAUGCUAAACGUGGCGAGUUUCCUUACGUAGUAGCUCUAUCCCUGAAGUCGUCGUAUCCGGAAAAUCCUAUUUAUGAAAGCUUCUGCACUGGAAGUAUUGUAACACCAAUAUGGGUUUUGACUGCUGCACAUUGUAUUCCUACAAUAGAACCUUUAAUUAACCCUCCACAUAAUACCAGCGAAAAUAUUACGAUACUAACACCAGUUAUUCAAUACGUUUCUCCAGCAGACGACUAUAACUGGAUUGCCAGCAAUAUAAUUAGAACUAUUCUACAUCCCAAUUUCAAACUCUCUCUAACUAUAGAUGUAAAUGACAUAGCGCUAGUCAAAGUACAGAAUACAAAAAUUAAAGCGUUGGGAAAAAUCAGUGCGAUUCCCGUCGGCACGAUGUACGGGCACAAAGUGUUCUCACUUGGAUUAGGAUGGAUGCAAUCUGAAAGUGGACAUAUAGAUAACGUUUUGGCGCUCAAUAAACCACUUCAAGUAUAUGACGCGAUAGUUGUGAACUGUGCGCGGCGUCCUCCCAUGUCGAGCGUAUCGCCAUCGUUAUGUUUAGCUUGGAAUUGCAACAAACCUACACUAAGCUGUCCAGGAGAUUCUGGUGGACCGGUCGUUCAUCCAACUGGUAUUGUCGGAAUAGCAUCAGCAUCUCAAAUUAGACAUUGUAAUACAACUGAUAAUUUAGUUACUCCUCUUGUAGCGACACCUGUCAGUCCGUAUGUUGACUGGAUAGCAAUGAGUGUUAGAGGAAUU